CCUAUAUAAGCAGUGGCUAACACUAAAUCAAUUUUGUGUCAAUUCAUAACUUAUCGGAAAUGUUAGCCUUAAGAAUAGCUGCCUGUGUUUUGUCGGUCAUAUCGGCCGUCAAUUGCGGGGGCCUUCGGGCGGCGCCUUAUUAUAUGCCACUCGACAACAACGGACAGGACUUUGACUUUUCUCAGAUUAUUAAGCAAACGGGUGUCAAACAAUUCAUUAUGGCUUUCCCUUUGGCCACCGAUGACGGCAAAUGCAUUCCCACGUGGGACGGAAAGGCCAACCUAAAGAUAGCGGACGACACCGUAGUGUUGGGCAAAGUGAAGCAAAUCCGUGCCUCAGGAGGUGAUGUGUCCGUAAGUUUUGGUGGCUAUAAUGGCGUAGAGUUGGGUCACGUCUGUGGGGACGUGAACGCACUGGUGAACGCCUACCAAAUCGUUAUCGACAAGUAUUCGCUGACAAACGUGGACUUCGACAUCGAAGGGGACGACUUGGGGGAUGUUCAGGGAGAGACACUUCGGGCCAAAGCCAUCAAAAUACUGAAGGAUAACGCAAAGGCUAAGGGAAAGGAUCUGUUCGUUACACUGACUCUGCCCUCAACGACAGUCGGGUUAAGCGAGUUGGGAAGGGCUGAGAUCAAACGGACUCUUGAUUUGGGCGCUCACAUCGACCUCUACAAGAUUAUGGCUUUCGAUUACGGGGGACCGGGUGCUGAUCAGGUGAACAGUGUGAUCACAAUCAUGGAGGACGUCCACAAACAGCUCAAACAGUUGAGGCCAGACCUGAAUGAGCAACAGGUAUACGCAUCCACUGGUCUCAUCCUAAUGAACGGACACACCGACCAGCCCUCCGAGUUGUAUACUGUGGACACAUUCAGGAAACUCAUAGACUAUGCCAACCAAAAGAAAUUGGGACGAGUGUCCUAUUGGGCACUAAACCGGGACAGACAGUGCACGGGACCCGUGGGUUGGGUGAACGGCACCUGUUCCUCAAUCACCCAACAGCCCUGGGAGUUCACCAAAACUUUAGCAAACUUUCACUAA